GGACUUCACUGAAACGUAAAGGAAUGCGGGUUGCAUCCACAUUAUCUGGAAAACGAGACUGCGUUAUUAGUGCGACUGCGCGAAUUUGCAGGAAGUGUUAGUCGUAUUACCAGCUGAUAAAUUGUUAACGGUAAAGGAUUCAAGACGGGGAUCCCUGAGUUUCAGAGACAGCGCGUAUACUGUCACUGACAGAAAAAGAGAAGAGAGGUACAGAAAAGACCUCAAAUCCCAGAGUCUCCUUUUGUCUAAGCUCCCAUCACUGGGAGGCCCCCUCGCCCUCCUUACUUCCAUCACCAUGGCUACCAGAGGGAGUGGACGAACCAACGGCACGCUGCCCCAGACAAAGAUAUGUCAGUUUAAACUGGUCCUCCUGGGAGACAUGGCUGUGGGCAAGUCCAGCCUGGUACUGCGCUUCGUCAAGGGGCAGUUUGAUGAGUUCCAGGAGACCACCAUCGGAGCUGCAUUCCUGGCCCAGUCAGUGUGUCUAGACGACACUACGGUGAAGUUUGAGAUCUGGGACACUGCAGGACAGGAACGCUACCACAGUCUCGCUCCCAUGUACUACCGCGGUGCACAGGCUGCAAUUGUGGUUUUCGACAUCACCAAGCCGGAGACGUUUGAGAGGGCUAAAGCCUGGGUGAAGGAGCUACAGAGGCAGGCUAGCCCCAACAUCGUCAUCGCUCUGGCAGGGAACAAGGCAGACCUGGCUGAGAAGAGACUGGUGGAGUAUGAGGAAGCCCAGACCUAUUCUGAAGACACUGGGCUUCUCUUUAUGGAGACCUCUGCUAAGACUGCCAUGAAUGUCAAUGAACUGUUCCUGGCCAUUGCCAAAAAGAUGCCAAAAACCGACACCCAGAACCCGACACAUGCAGCCCGACACAGGGGAGUGAACCUACAGGACCCUGACGCCCACAACACCUCGUCCUGCUGUGGAGGCGGGGGAGGGAACUAGGACCGAUCCUCUGGCCUCCCCACUACCAACCUCUGAGGUCGGGCAAGGAGACACCCGCUCACCCGUCCAUCCACCCUCCCUCCCUCCCAUCCACCCAGACAGCCGCUGAGAGAGAGAGAGAGAGCGAGAGAGGGGAAGGAAGAGGAGUGUUAAGAGGAUGGCUGUUUUUUGCGAAUGUUUCCCUCACCAACCGACGCCAGAGAGAUUUCGGGACAGAGGUCCGACAAAGACUGAAUACAGGCAGAGGGAAAUAAAAGAGUGAGAGAGUGACAAGACUUUGUAUAGUAUUAAGCACUAAGCGUUGUGGGUGUUGUUUUGCAUUCUGUCUUGAUUCAUUUUAAUCAUGGUUCCAUUUUAUUAUGCAAUCAACUGCAGUGUCGGUCCUUGAGUAGGAAAGAUGGGGUGAGAGUCUAAACAAAGAGGGGAAUGUAAGAGUGACUGGGAAGCAUGUCCUACUCCCUCCUUAAAGUUUUGUCAUUGCUGCUCCCGAGAGGGGCAGAGCUGUCCUAAAUGCCCCCUCAUUACCCAUUCUGAGCCCCUGGAAGCCUGGACAACCUUAACCCAAUCCUGAAGCCUUGGCCUGAUCCAUUUUAGAACCUCAGUCCCCGCUGACAGAAUCACCCGUGUUAAAUAUAUCCAUAUUAGAUGGUUCAGGUUACCCCAAAUCCCACGAGGGAGAGGGAUAACUGUAAAUGGCCUCUUCUCUUGCCUUAUGUUCUCUGGCCUCCUUAUUUAUUUUAAGCCCCCCAGCCUUUACAUCGAUUACUGCUCAGAGCAGCGGUGUUCUGAGACAUCAUCCUUCUGGUGCCAGCCUGGUAUCAUCCAGGCCCCUCCUCCGCCCCAAUCUCCAGCUCUCUUCUACUUCCACCUACAGAUGUAAAUAUACACUGAAGAACUUGCAGUGCAGUGUUUAUUAACUGUUGGGACUCAGUGAGUCUGCUCUAUGCUAUGUCUGUCUGGCUGUGACAGGAAUUUAACAUGGUUUCUAACAAUCCAUUGCCUAGCACACAACUACUAACACCUAGGGCCGCAGUUUCUCCUGCUCAUUUAAAGCAAUAAGGAGAAUCUCCUUGUCCCUCCUAUGGAUAACAUUAAGUAGGUAUUGACCUCAAAACCACAGCUUGGGUCCAGAUCUGUUUGCCCUGUAUAGCUUCCUCCCAGGGUUGUUCUCCUCUGUGAACACACUGCCUGUAGGCGCAGGCAACACGGCACAAGCAGAACCGAGACCCAGUUUGGAUAGCACUUCAGGCAGUGUCUGGACCGUCAUUUGAGUGCGAGGGUCGUGAUACACACAACAUGUUCCGUCUGUUCCUCAACUGUCCUUGGUCUAUUUCAAUUAAAAUAUUAAUAAAACACUUAACAGUGACUAAUGGGUUGAUGCUGUUUAAAGCACUGGUGUGGACAGCUUUGGUGACUGAGCUCCUCAUUGUAGAUGGAUUCCAAAUUGACCCCUGAGCCAGACAUCCUGUGUAGAUCUGAAAAGGUCAAAGGUUCAUGCAGUUCUUUCACUUUGCCAACAUGUAGAUAGGAUGGAUUUUGACCAUAUUGGAGAGGUGUUAUUCAGUUGUGGCCGAUUUGCAGAAGUGCGUAGGUUGUACUUCAACAGAUGGAAAAAGAUCAAUUUCAAAUUGUGCAUGCGUGUCUAAGAAUAAGGGUGCUUUGUUUUCAAAAUCAAAACAAGAAGUGCCUACUCCCAGUUUUAUUUUCUGUGUUUGUUGUGUUGGAUUUGCUUUGUAGUGUGUUCAAUAGGCAGAAGUCAAAGUAAAGGAUCUCCCUGGACCUCAACAAUGGCUUGUAACCAUUAACUCACUGUACACUGUUGUUAUUGCUGCUCUAUGUACCGAUUGUUCUUGUCAACUGCACUGUAUGUCUUUUUGCCUAAUUUGAUCAAAAUCAUUAGUUGAUUUUACUGACUAGAGUAUGUAUGUCAUAAUCCUGGAAUGAAUCUAAGGACCCUAAUUGAUGUGACGAGCCCUACUUGAUUUUAAAACAAAUCGUUUCAUGGGCUGUCAUUGUGAUGUUUAAUUGACAAAUCCAUGAGUCACUCAUUCGUGAACUCUUUAUGAUCACAGGUUAGUUCAGUGUCAUGUGUAGUGAUAAUGAAUUUCACAGAUCAUGGAUAAAACUCCAGCUCCCAUUCAGCACCUCUGUAAAGUGUUCAAUAAAGCUGUGCUACUGCACCGUGUGGUGGAUAUGAACUCAG